GGGGGCCGGGGAGCCCCCCGCCGAGGGCUCCGGGGGGCCGGCGCGGGGCAAGCACGCCAUCGGGGACAUCCUGCAGCAGAUCAUGACCAUCACCGACCAGACUCUGGACGAGGCCCAGGCCAAGAAGCACGCUUUAAACUGUCACCGGAUGAAGCCGGCCCUCUUUAACGUCCUGUGUGAGAUCAAAGAGAAGACAGGACUGAGCAUCCGCAGCUCCCAGGAGGAAGAGCCCGUGGACCCCCAGCUGAUGCGCUUGGACAACAUGCUUCUGGCCGAGGGGGUGGCCGGGCCCGAGAAGGGCGGGGGAUCGGCGGCAGCCGCGGCCGCCGCAGCCGCCUCGGGGGGCGGGGUGUCCCCGGACAACUCCAUCGAGCACUCGGACUACCGGAGCAAGCUGGCCCAGAUCCGCCACAUUUACCACUCAGAGCUGGAGAAGUAUGAGCAGGCGUGCAACGAGUUCACGACGCACGUGAUGAACCUGCUGCGGGAGCAGAGCCGGACGCGGCCGGUGGCCCCCAAGGAGAUGGAGCGCAUGGUCAGCAUCAUCCACCGCAAGUUCAGUGCCAUCCAGAUGCAGCUCAAGCAGAGCACGUGUGAGGCCGUCAUGAUCCUGCGCUCACGCUUCCUGGACGCCAGACGGAAGCGCCGGAACUUCAGCAAGCAGGCCACCGAGGUCCUCAACGAAUAUUUCUACUCCCACCUGAGCAACCCAUACCCCAGCGAGGAGGCCAAGGAGGAGCUGGCCAAGAAAUGUGGCAUCACCGUCUCCCAGGUCUCCAACUGGUUUGGGAAUAAACGGAUCCGAUACAAGAAGAACAUCGGGAAGUUCCAGGAAGAAGCCAAUAUUUACGCCGUGAAGACGGCGGUGUCCGUCACUCAGGGCGGGCACAGCCGGGCCAGCUCUCCCACGCCCCCCUCCUCCGCAGGUUCCGGGGGCUCCUUCAACCUCUCAGGGUCUGGAGACAUGUUCUUGGGGAUGCCUGGCCUCAACGGAGAAUCUUACCCGGGCUCCCAGGUCGAGUCUCUGCGUCACUCCAUGGGGCCCGGCGGCUACGGGGACAACCUCGCGGGAGGGCAGAUGUACAGCCCCCGGGAGAUGAGGGCGAACGGCGGAGGCUGGCAGGAGGCCGUGACCCCAUCCUCGGUGACGUCCCCGACGGAAGGGCCCGGAAGCGUCCACUCCGACACGUCCAACUGACCGCCUCGUCCCCGCUCCGGGGGGGGGGGGGGGGGGGGGGGGGGGCGGCUCUCCGGGGCCGCGGGGUGGUCCCGGCCCCCAGCACGCACCAAUGAGAAGCACAAGGCAGACUGAGAGACAAAUUGGGGCAGGGGAGCCUCGACCCGGCGGGGAGGGCAGGGCUGUGUCCCUCUCUCUCUCUCUCUCUCACCCCUCACCCCCUUCUCCCCUUUCCCGUUCCUCGUCCUCCCCUUGCCCGGUCUGUCUCUCCCUGUCUCUCUGCCGCCGCCAUGUCUCUCUGUUUCUCCUCUCUGCCCCUUCCCGCUCCCAGGACUAACCCUGUGGGUCCCUCCCAACUUUUCCUCGAGGCCCCCGCCGUCCCAGAGGGGCAAAGAGGCCAGCUCCCACCCGCCCAGGGACCCCCAAAACAGGGAGCGGGCUGGAGAGCAGGCUGCACCCCUGUCCCCACCACCCCCACACACCCCUGCCACAGGGCCAGGGAGAGGGGCAGGAGUGGGGCACCCCCAGAGACGGCUCUAUUACCUCAUACGCAGCUCAUCUUAAACCAAUAGAAUCGCUUGGUGGACAAGAGUGUCUAGUCAGA